AUGGUACGUAAGGAUAAAGAACAAUGGGUUUCAGAAGACCCUUGGAAGGCUGUGGUCUUAGCCGAGGACUUCGAACCCGGACUGGCUCCUGUUACUACUCAGAUCCAGAAAUCUUUGGUUCCCGUUGCGAAUAUUCCUCUGUUGGAAUAUGUGCUGGAAUGCCUCUCAGCAGCGGGCGUUGUCGAG